CUCAACUUUCUCGCUCCUCCUCCUUUACUCUCUCUCUCUCUCUCUCUCUCUCUGAUUUCCUUCCCCCCUUAAAAAUGCAAUCUUUACGUUAGGGUUUCGAAAUCCCAGAUACAAACCAAACACUGCUCAGCCCGAUCGCCUAUUAUCGAACUUAGCUAUUUCCCGCCUCCGUUUUUACGGGUUUCACUCCGAUUCCGAGCCUAGAAACAGUGAUGAGCUCUUAUGCACCGUAAUUAUUACAUGGUGGCCUCUGAAUGUGCUGGGGUGGGACAUGAAAUGUCUGAAUUGUAGCCAAGCAUAAAUCAUUGACUUGUACGAAACUUUUGAUUAUUAUUAUUAUUAGUUUUGAUUUUAGUUUUGAUUUUGGUUUUGAAGUACAUGGUGGCCUCUGAAUUGUGGAUUUUGGUUUUGAUUUCAUUGGAGGAGAGUGAUGUGCUGAGUUAUGGCACUUAAAGUUCCAGCUCCUAAAGCUGCUGAGAUUGCGAUUGGGUCCAUCGGGCGUGGUUAUGAUAUAUGUACUGAUCUAAGGCUUAAGUAUUGUAAAGGAGAUUCCAUAAAUUCACGUUUGAUUGAGAUAGAUGAGGAUGAUGUUAGAGAGGUGGUUUUACCUGGCGGAGUUUCAAUACCAAAUGUUUCCAAAUCAAUAAAAUGUGAUAAAGGGGAACGCACGAGGUUCAGGUCUGAUGUUCUGUCUUUUCAACAGAUGUCAGAGCAGUUCAAUCAGGAAUUAUCUUUGGCUGGCAAAAUUCCCUCAGGGCUUUUCAAUGCAAUGUUUGAAUUUUCUGGUAGUUGGCAGAAAGAUGCAGCCCAUACCAAGACCCUUGCUUUUGAUGGAGUGUUAAUUACCCUUUACACUGUUGCACUAGAGAAGUCUCAGAUGGUACUCUGCGAUCAUGUCAAAAAUGCUGUACCACCAUCAUGGGACCCACCUACAUUAGCAAGGUUUAUUGAGACCUUUGGCACCCAUAUUAUUGUUGGUAUGAAGAUGGGGGGAAAAGAUGUAAUAUAUUUGAAGCAGCAGCAUUCAUCAACUCUCCAACCUGCUGAUGUUCAGAAAAGAUUGAAAGAGAUGGCAGAUAGAAGGUUUCUGGAUUCCAAUGGCCAAUUUAGCAUUGCUUCCGAUCAAGUUUUCCCAAAUGACAAGUUUGGAAUCAGGGAGCAGAGGCUAACAUUUGCCAAUAUUAGUCCAUCAAGUUCUUAUUCACAUAAGGAGGACAUUGUAAGCAUUUGGAAGAGGAGGGGUGGAAGUGAUGGCAGAAAUAUAUCCCAUAAUGAGUGGUUGCAGACUGUUCAGUUGGAGCCUGAUGUGAUCUCAAUGUCCUUCAUUCCAAUUACGUCUCUAUUGAAUGGAGUGCCAGGGAGUGGAUUCUUGAGCCAUGCCAUAAACCUUUACUUACGAUAUAAACCACCAAUUGAAGAGCUGCACCAAUUCUUGGAAUUCCAGCUUCCAAGGCAGUGGGCACCUGUAUUCAGUGAACUUCCUCUUGGUCCACAACGGAAGCAACGUAGCUCUGCAUCUUUGCAGUUUAGCUUCAUGGGGCCAAAGCUUUAUGUAAACACGAUACAGGUUGAUGUGGGCAAGAGGCCAGUGACUGGUCUCCGUCUUUAUCUCGAAGGUAAGAAAAGCAAUCGGUUGGCCAUCCAUUUGCAACACCUUUCAUCUCUUCCAAAAAUCUUCCAGCUUGAGGAUGAUCCAAAUGAUAACUUUCGGCGGGAGUCCUAUGAUAGGAGAUUCUAUGAGAAGGUUCAAUGGAAGAAUUUCUCCCACGUGUGCACUGCUCCUGUGGAAUCUGAGGAGGAUCUUGCAAUAGUAACAGGAGCACAAUUGCAAGUUGAAAAUUAUGGCAUAAAAAAUAUACUAUUCUUAAGACUUCGAUUCUCAACUGUAUUGGGAGCUAAAGUGGUAAAGCAUCCUGAGUGGGAUGGAUCUCCUGGGCUGGGAGCCAAGUCAGGACUCAUAUCCACUCUAAUUAGCCAACACUUCACAGCAACAUUUCAGAAACCACCUCCGCGUCCAGCAGAUGUUAAUAUAAAUUCUGCUGUGUAUCCGGGUGGCCCUCCCGUGCCUGUCCAAGCUCCCAAGCUUCUCAAAUUUGUUGACACAACUGAGAUGACCAGAGGACCACAAGAGACUCCUGGCUAUUGGGUUGUCUCUGGAGCUAGACUUCUUGUUGAGAAGGGCAAAAUUUCUCUCCGGGUUAAGUAUUCUUUGUUGACUAUGGUAUUACCAGAUGAAGAGUUGUUGGAUGAUCAGUAGCUGAUUCGUCCUUCUUUAGGUCUUGCCUGCAGCAGAACUCUGUAAGUAUUCAUCAUCGAGGAGUCGGAGAGAAAAGGGGAGGGAAGUUAUCAUCAAGAAAACUGAUUUUAGUUUUGCUAAUCAGGGAGGCCUUCUUACAGUGAAAGCACAUUGUAUAAGGAGUGCAGCAGCUUUUCUCUCCUAUUUUAGUCCUACUUUUAAUGUAUACUUUUACAGUCCAGCACAAUGACUUAAUGAAAUUUACUAGUAGAAAUCAACUCACUGCCUUUUCUUGUGUUGAUAAGAUCACCUUGAGAAACUAUGGUGUAAACACUUAAGUAUAUAUCAAUUUGAUACG